AUGGUAAGGGGGAGUCCUGAAUCCUGCACUUUCCCAAGGCCUCCACCAUCAGAUAGGUCAAGACGGAGUCCCACCCCGGGGCAUCCACCACCCAGCGCUAGUCCAGCGCCGCCCGCCUGCGCCGCGGAGCCGGUGCCCGGGGUGGCGGGGCUCCGGAACCACGGCAACACGUGCUUCAUGAACGCCACGCUUCAGUGCCUCAGCAACACCGAGCUCUUCGCCGAGUACCUGGCGCUCGGCCAGUACCGGGCGGGGCGGCCCGAGCCCGAGCCCUCGCCUGACCCCGAGCAGCCCGCGGGGCGCGGCGCGCAGGGCCAGGGUGAGGUCACCGAGCAGCUGGCGCACCUGGUGCGGGCCCUCUGGACCCUGGAGUACACCCCGCAGCACAGCCGCGACUUCAAGAGUAUUGUGUCAAAGAAUGCACUGCAAUAUCGGGGAAAUUCCCAGCAUGACGCCCAGGAGUUUCUGCUGUGGCUUUUGGACCGAGUUCAUGAAGACCUCAAUCAUGCUGUGAAGCAGAGUGGCCAGCCUCCUCUGAAGCCACCAUCAGAGACUGAUAUGAUGCCCGAGGGACCAUCUUUUCCUGUCUGUAGCACUUUCGUACAAGAACUUUUUCAAGCCCAGUACAGAUCUUCUUUGACAUGUCCUCAUUGCCAGAAGCAGAGCAACACUUUUGAUCCUUUCCUCUGCAUUUCUUUGCCAAUUCCACUACCCCACACAAGGCCUCUGUAUGUCACUGUAGUGUAUCAAGGGAAAUGUUCUCACUGCAUGCGGAUUGGUGUGGCUGUGCCUCUGUCUGGGACUGUCGCCAGACUUCGGGAAGCAGUGUCUAUGGAAACAAAGAUCCCCACUGAUCAGAUUGUGUUAACAGAAAUGUACUAUGAUGGGUUCCAUCGUUCCUUUUGUGACACAGACGACCUGGAAACAGUCCAUGAAAGCGACUGCAUUUUUGCCUUUGAGACUCCAGAAAUAUUUAGGCCUGAAGGAAUUCUCAGUCAAAGAGGAAUCCACUUAAACAACAACCUAAACCACUUGAAAUUUGGCUUGGAUCAUUAUAGACUGUCUUCUACACAAGCAGCAGCAAAGCAGGGGAGAGUGGACUUAACCCCCGCGACAGCAGGAAGUGACAAGAUUGUUCUGUUAGUGUGUAACCGAGCCUGCACUGGGCAGCAAGGGAAAAGAUUUGGACUACCUUUUGUGCUGCACGUAGAGAAGACAAUAGCAUGGGACCUUCUGCAGAGGGAAAUCUUGGAGAAGAUGAAGUAUUUCUUGAGGCCCACAGUUGGCAUUCAGGUGUGUCCAUUCAGUUUGCGAGUGGUCAGUGUUGUGGGAAUAACAUACUUGCUGCCCCAGGAGGAGCAGCCCCUGUGCCACCCAACAGUAGAAAGGGCACUAAAAUCUUGUGGACCAGGUGGCACUGCUCAUGUGAAAUUAGUGGUAGAAUGGGACAAGGAGACAAAAGAUUUCUUGUUUGUAAAUACCGAAGAUGAGUAUAUCCCUGAUGCAGAAAGUGUCCGGCUGCAACGGGAGCGUCACCAUCAGCCUCAAACUUGCACUUUAUCCCAGUGUUUCCAACUCUACACCAAAGAGGAGCGGCUUGCCCCAGAUGACGCCUGGCGUUGCCCGCACUGUAAGCAGCUGCAGCAGGGGAGCAUUACGUUAAGCCUCUGGACUCUGCCUGAUGUGCUUAUUAUACAUCUAAAGAGAUUUCGACAGGAAGGAGACAAGCGUAUGAAACUUCAGAACAUGGUGAAGUUCCCUCUGACCGGCCUGGACAUGACACCUCACGUGGUUAAGAGAAGCCAGAGCAGCUGGAGUUUGCCAUCCCAUUGGUCUCCAUGGAGACGGCCCUACGGACUCGGGCGGGACCCUGAGGACUACAUCUAUGACCUGUAUGCUGUGUGCAAUCAUCACGGCACCAUGCAAGGGGGGCACUACACAGCAUACUGCAAGAACUCCGUGGACGGCCUCUGGUACUGCUUCGACGACAGUGACGUGCAGCAGCUGUCGGAAGACGAGGUCUGCACGCAGACAGCGUACAUCCUCUUCUACCAGAGGCGGACAGCUAUACCGUCAUGGUCGGCCAACAGCUCAGUGGCAGGCUCCACAAGUUCCUCCUUGUGUGAACACUGGGUGAGCCGUCUCCCGGGGAGCAAGCAGGCCAGCGUGACCUCUGCAGCUUCCUCCAGACGCACCUCCCUAGCCUCGCUGUCUGAGUCUGUGGAAAUGACUGGGGAAAGGAGUGAAGAUGAUGGAGGUUUCUCAACUCGACCGUUCGUGAGAAGCGUCCAGCGCCAGAGCUUGUCAUCCAGAUCUUCUGUCACCAGCCCCUUGGCCGUCAAUGAAAAUUGCAUCAGACCUUCCUGGUCCCUGUCUGCUAAGCUGCAGAUGCGCUCCAGUUCCCCUUCCCGCUUCUCAGGGGACUCUCCGAUUCACACCUCCGCCUCCACCUUGGAGAAGAUCGGGGAAGCAGUGGACGACAAGGUUUCCAUCUCUUGCUUUGGUAGCUUGAGGAACCUGUCCAGCAGUUACCAGGACUCAAGCGAUAGUCACAGUCGACGGGAGCACAAGGCUGUGGGUCGGGCCCCUCUGGCUGUCAUGGAAGGUGUGUUCAAAGACGAGUCAGACACCCGCAAGUUGAACUCCAGUGUUGUAGACACACAGAGCAAAAGCUCAGUACAGGGGGAUCCCUUGCCCCCCGUAUCGGGUCCAUUUGAUACCAAUAACCAGAUUGCUUAUGUGGAUCAGAGCGAUUCUGUAGACAGCUCUCCAGUCAAAGAGGUGAAACCUCCAGGCCACCCAGGCCCCCUCGCAAAGAAAUCGGAGAGCACAGCCAGGGGAUCUCCCAGCUCCAGGGGCGCUCCCGAGCCAGACAGCAGCUUGCGGAAGGGGAGGCCAGUCUUGGCCAGCCAGGGCUCGUCUCCUUCCAGUACGUCCCCUUCUUCUCCUGUUCCUGUAAAGCCCUCCCGCUCCCGAAGCAAAGCUGAUUCUUCUUCCAGGGCCAGUGGACGGCAUUCCUCCCCCGCUCCCCAAAAGGAGUCCCCCCCCAAACCCCAGGGCUCCGUGUCAUCUCCUUCGCUCCAGAGGCAGAAGUCAGCUGCUUCCCUCGCUGACAGUGCUUCCUCCACAUCUGCCAGAAGAGCCUCAGGCCCUGCCCCGAGGGGCCCCUUCCCUCCUGGGAAGAGCAGGACUUCAGACAGGAGCUUAAGCAGAGAGGGCUCCAGACAAAGCCUGGUUUCUGACAGGGCCAGCGUCACCUCCAGCCCCAAGCCCAGCUCCGCUCGCGUGAGCCAGGCCAGAGCCGGGGACGGCAGGGGCGACGGAAGGCACGUCCGCAGCUCCUCCACGGCCAGCCUGCGCUCCCCCAGCAUGAACAUGAAGGCCGGUCCGAAGAGGGACAGCAAGUCGGAGGACAAGGGGCUGUCCUUCUUCAAGUCAGCCCUGAGACAGAAGGAGACCCGGCGCUCGACGGAUCUUGGCAAGACAGCCUUGUUGUCCAAGAAGGUGGGCGGGAGCUCAGUCAAGUCCGUCUCUAAGAGCGCAGUGGAUGACAAAGCAGAGAAAGGCUCCCAGGCGCUAGGCUCCCAGCAGCCACAUGUGAAUGCAGUUGGAAAAGAGCAGCUUGCCUCCAAGGACCCUGCUUCUGCUAAACACGCCCUGCUGUCCGCUCGCAAAUCCAAGUCUUCCCAGGUAGAUUCUGGAGUGCCCUCGUCUCCUGGUUGCAGGCAGUCUGCUGAGAAAUCCUCAAAAAAGUUACCUUCUAGCAUGCAAACCAGUGCACGGCCUUCUCAAAAACCUCAGUGAUAUUUCUGCAGUCCGAGUGUUUUAUCUGUAAAGAUGUUAAUUUAUUUAGAACCCCUUCCCU